UAAACGCGUUGCGCCGACAUUGAAUGUUCAUUCAUAUAUGGUCAAGACCGUGGUCGCGGGGAAUGGAUGGCCGUGCGGCGGCGGCGAGAGGAACCGGACCAAGGAAGCGGUGGCGGCGGCCUUACGUCGCGGCGGCGCGGUAACGUCGUCGUACGAUGGACCUCUGUCGCCGAACCUGAGCAGUACCCCGCCGCCGCAGUUGUGGUGUCGUCCGGGUUUUACUCCGCUCUAGUUUUGCGCGCGACUUUUCAAUAUUAUCACGCAUAGUAUAUUAUGUAGUAUACGAUAUAAUUAUUCACAUCGAGUUCUCUCGAACGAUAUCUAAUAAUUUUACCUUUUAUUUUCGGUAUUUAUAAAAUUCCUAUACACGUUAUAAUAUAUAUAUAUAUAUAACAAACACGCUGUAGAUAAACGUUAUUUUGCAUACACUUGCUAAAAUAAUAUAGUAGGCGAGGUACGAACGGAAUAUUACGAUAAAAAAAAAUAAUCGUAACCACAUAAUAUUGUUCUGCGAUAUAACGUACCUAAUAUAUUUACGGCGCGUCCGCGAUGGCGACGCUACUGAAGAACGUCACCAAUUGCAUAUGGCAAGCGUUCAACUCACUGGACACGGACGAUACAGGGACUGUGGUCAAGUCCAAGCUCAAAGUGAGUGUACCUGUGGACCUAUGGUUUUAACGGCAAACAUUGGUAUUCUCCUUGACCUUUAUGGUGUAGAGAAAGGCCUUGAACACUAUAGAAGUACACAAACACUAAACUUUCAACAUUACAAAUAUUAUUUAUUAAGAGAAGUUUUUCUUUCACUUCCAAACAUUUUAUCUUUACCAGUACUUCAAGGAUUUGAAUCAAAUAUUGACGAGACAUGUUGGUUAAUUUGUAAAAAAGAUUUUAUUUCUAAAUGCCAAGUAUUACCAGAGGACUGUAUGUAUAAAUUAUUCAGGGUAUUUUGUUUUUUGUCUGAGCUCGUAGUGGAUCCAGAAAGGCCAAAUCGAUUUCAAGUCAUUAUGGAUACAUCUGAAGUGGGUUUGGUGGCUUCACAAAUUGUUACUUCAUUAGGUGCCGACUGGGACCAAUCUGGUUUUGAAGAGCUCAUUGGAAAUACUAGUGGAUUUCAGUUUGGUACAUUUUUAACUUUACUAGAGAAGAGAUAUUUAGCUGGCGUUGACCGUGCAGGCUUGGUGGAAGCAUUAAAUGCUGUUACAAAUACAUUUAUUGAUGAUAUAAUAAAAAAAGGAGUAUUGUUGAAACGAGGUUAUUUAUUGCCAACACUACGAGAAUAUUGGUUUGUAUUAAAACCAUGUCAACUAUUAUACUAUAAGAAUGAAGAAGAAAAAGAACAGUGUGGAUCUAUAACAUUAGAUCCUAGAUGUUGGGUGGAUUCUAAUUUACAACGUAUAAUGUUGCAUACAACUGAAAGGACUUUUGAAUUAGCCACAAAGGACCAUAGGAGUCGUUUACAAUGGCUAUCAGCUCUAAAAUUAGCAAUAUCUUAUUCUGCGGGUACAGAAGGUUAUCAACGAACAUUGUUGCGACGUAGGCAAAAACGAAGAAAGGCUGAACUUCAAGAGAAACAUAGAAGAAGCAGUAUAAUACAUGACAUGGAUGUUCAGUUACAGGCUGAGAAACAAGCUAGGGCGGCUAUGGAAAUUCAGGCGAAAGAGCUUAAGGUGGCUAGUGAAAAACAUGUUGAAGAAUUGGAAAGUUUACUAGAGGAAGAAACACAGGCAAAACGCGAUGAAGAAAUAGUUCGUAAUUUACAAGCUAGAGUAUUAAGAGAAGAAUGGGAAAAAAGAGAAGAGCUAGAAAGAUUACAGGAAGAACAUAUAUUAUUGUUGGAGCAAGAACGAGAAAAACGAAAAGAAUUUGAGAUUAAACAAAGAGAGAAAGAAAACCAAUUGCUAGAAGCCCAACAGAGGUUAAUUGAAUUGGAAGCUGAAAAACAGCGACUUGACGACGAAUUAACAAGAGCUCAAAAAAAGAUUAGUGUUUCCGAAAAAGCUGUUGCAUCAAUUACAAUAGUAGACCCUGAAAAUACAUUGAACAUUAAACCACAAGUUAAAGUGAGGAGAACAAUGUCAUUUAUACCAUCUACAAAGGAACGACCAAUUCAUUUUUAUAAAUGAAUAGACUAACUACUUUUUUUUUUAAUAAUUUAUUUAUAAUUAUUUUUCAUUAUUAUAAGUUUUGUAUAUUAAAAUGUAUGGAAUUUCUAUAGUUAAAUUAUAAAACCAGUUGUACAAAGA